AUGGUACUGACAGCAAAGCCUUUGAAAGGCCGUAAGAGAUUCAGUGCUGAUCUUCACAAGCUGCACACAACCUGUCCAUCUGACCUUAAUAGGGGAACAUGGUCUGCACAAAGUUUCAGAUCAGGAGAUGAUGACGGCUCAGUAGAGUUCGACCUGAUAGAAUCUAGAGAUCAGGCAAGGAUAGUGAUGCAUCUCUUAUGUUCCGACACUUCAGAGUACCCCAACACUCACUUGUUCUUCUGCCAUUCCCCAGAACCUGGCAGUUAUGGGGAGCAGGUGAAGGAGAUUUGUGACAGGGUACUUGACGACAGUCCCAGUACGAUACACAAAGUGGCGAAGCAUUUCUUGAUCAGUAUAUCUGGUGACGAUGACGGCGAAGAUGACCACGAUUAUGAUUAUGAUAUAUCAAUAGAUGAGGACAUGAGUGCAUUCACCAGACCAGAGAUCUCUCGCUCAGUCUUGCGCAGGGACUUUGAAGGCGCUCAUGCAGCCGGUUACACACCAGGAGCUAUUUGGAGUGGUAGCAGCGAGUUCUUCUUGACAGUCUCUGUUCCUGUGCAUCUCGUGCUGGUUAUUUCUGGAUUUUGGGGUGUCUAUCCACCUGUUCAGAGUGAUGGGACACUCUCCCCUGCUGCAGUCAAUUCUUGCACCUCUUUGAAGUUCUAUGUCGGCCUUUCACGACAGUACAAACCGUCAAAGGAACAUGUCAUCACUUCACUCCGCCAAUACGGCCUCCAGUCCGACCAGCAUAAUGGUGUCGAAGAUGGAAUGGUCAAAGAAUAUAUCGACGUUGACAAGGAUUCCGAAACCGGGCCGGAACAGGAUGACGGCGCCUUUGACAAGUUUAGCUUGAGCAGCUCGCUUGAAUCAUUACUUGACAAGCACUUCCUUCAACUGCUCCGACUUCGACGACAGUUCAAACUUGGAUGGGCCUCAGCAGAAGAACUCCACUGGAGAUCGCAGGAACUUCAGAAAUCGCCUGUGAUUCUCGUCAAGGAGAUGCAGGAGGAACUUCAUCAAGCUGACGAGGAGGAGAAACACCUCUCUGGCUCUCGCUACUUGCCUCAUGAUCCCUUGUACAAACAAGAUGAUCACAUCAACUUGCUCGAGACUGCGUUUGCGUACCUUCUACGUCGAUUCACACUCUGCAAUCGUUAUUGCAUCGUCUGUCACAAAAAACUUAAUUCUGACUUCAAGGCGCUAAAACCCUAUGUUUGCAAUUCUGGUUUAUGUGCAUACCAAUAUUACAGCCUCAACUUUGGUCCCUCUCAAGAGUAUGACAUCUGCAAGAAGACUGAGAUGGUAGAUCUCCUGGUUUCCCUCACUUAUGUUGCUGCUGUAGAACAAGUUCUUGACGAGCCCCUUCCGCGUGGCUUAUUAUUGAAAGUUCCCGACCCCGAAAAUAGAACCCCCACGUGUGACUUCGAUACCUUGACUGUUAGCGACAUGCACAUUACAAUCAUGAAACUCAUCGACACACUGCCUUCAGUUCGAAUACAUCUUUUCAUUGCCGACGUUAAUGCUCAACCGAAGUUGAAAGACAUGGACCCCUCGAUCUUGCCCGCUGCGUGGUCUAUCUUGUGUUGGUGUGUUGCCUCUUGCACAACGCACCUGCAAGAGUUAACUGAAGAGGAAGAUCAAGUACAGAAUAUAGGCUCUCAGUGGCAACAAUUCCGCUUCAUGGUCGGUGCACCUGAUAAAGAAGCAAAGUUCAAACAUGCCUUGGAGCAGGAAACACGUGUAGAUCCUAAUGCGAAGAAGUACCCCACUCUCUAUGCUUUCCAUGGGUCACCUCUGAAGAACUGGCAUUCGAUCAUACAGCACGGACUGUGGUAUGAGACCAUCGCACAUGGCCAUUCAUACGGAGAUGGUGUCUACUUCGCCAAGGACGAUGUUGUUUCGAUGGGCUCCUAUGCCACGAUCAGCUCACUGUGUUGGAAGAAUAGCACGAUUGUCCCUUCAGCUUGCGUAGCUCUCGCUGAGAUCAUCAAUCUCCUGCAAAAAUUUACCUCGCAAAAUCUGUUUUAUGUAGUAAAGCAAACAGAAUGGAUUAUGUGUCGAUACCUACUAGUCAACACGUUCAAUAGCUUGCAUCCUAAUGAACAGAUCAUCGUCACUGCCGCCACCCCCACCAAGUCAAACAUCCGGAACGUUCCUUUUGUCAAACACAAUCCUCAUCGCCGUCCACUACUCUCGAAUGCCCAAGUCGAGAUCCCACAGCCUUCAUACAAACUUGAGAAACUUCUCAGGCUUUGCCAAGACGCAUACAUCCUGCCUGAUCUCAAUGAGGACGACAACGCUGUGUUUAACGCACCAGAUGAAGAGGAAGCGAAGCUGAGGAGCAGCAUACCACACGCCAACGGAAAACCAAAGCGAGAUUGGGUACACAAUGCGAGCUGGGUGGAGAAGAACAUCGACCUCUUGUUGCCUCCGCCUGCUGAUUCGACCCCAGGCGCGACAAUGGCGCUACAAAAAGAGUACAGGGCAAUGAUGAAAGAACAGGAGGGCGCGGACUCACUUGCUACUUUGGGAUGGUACAUGCCUCCAGAGUUCAAUGAGAACUUGUUCCAGUGGGUGGUGGAGAUGCAUUUGUUUGAUCCUGAUUUGCCUAUUGCGAAGGAUUUGAAGUCAAAGGGUGUCAAUUCGCUUGUUUUCAAGAUAUGUUUCCCGCCAAUGUUCCCUCAUUCUCCUCCGUUCUUUAGACUCGUGAUGCCUCGCUUCCUUCCUUUCAUGCAGGGUGGAGGUGGUCACGUUACUGCUGGGGGUUCUAUUUGCAUGGAUCUUUUAACAUCAGCUGGAUGGCUUCCAAGCUACAACAUCGCAUCCGUGCUCUUACAGAUCAAGCUUGCCAUCUCGAGCACCGAUCCUAAACCUGCGCAGCUAGCCCAUAAUUGGGAUCAACCGUAUCAUCCACAUGAGGCAUUGUCAGGGUAUACGAGAGCGGCCGCUAUGCACGGUUGGAAGGUACAUUCGUCCUUCAUUUCGCUAUGA